AUGACUUGGAACCACCAACUGAUCCUCGCGUUGCCUCUGGCGAGCGGCGCAAGCGGUUAUGUGACCAAGUCGGGCGCUGGCAAGCUGCCCAGCCUUGGGUGGAACUCGUGGAAUAUGUAUGGCUGCGACAUCGAUGAGGCCAAGUUCCUUGCGGCGGCACAAAAGAUGAUUGACACGGGUCUCAAAGAUGCCGGAUACAAUUAUGUGAACGUUGACGACUGCUGGUCCCUGAAAACCGGUCGUGCAGACGACGGCCACAUCAAAGUGAACACGACCCGUUUUCCCAAUGGCAUUGACGGCCUUGCCAAGAAGAUUCAUGACAUGGACCUUAAAAUUGGCAUCUACAGUUCUGCCGGGACCGCCAAUUGCGCUGGGGGCUAUGCAGGCAGCCUAGAGCACGAAGACACCGAUGCUGCCGACUGGGCAUCCUGGGGAAUCGAUUAUCUCAAGUACGACAACUGUAACGUUCCCGACAAUUGGAAAGAUCAAUAUGUCUUCUGCCACCCAGACCACGUCAAGACAAACUCGAACGGCACGUGCACACCAGAAACGACAGAAAAUCUGGCACCUGAAGGGUACGAUUGGCGGACGUCAAAGUCGUUUGAGCGCUUCAACCGAAUGAAAGACGCAUUGGCCAAACAGGACCACGAGAUCCUUUAUAGCAUGUGCAUCUGGGGCACAGCGGACAUCUUUUCGUGGGGAAACGACACGGGCGUCAAUUGGCGAAUGAGCGGCGACAUCUCCGCCAACUGGGAUUCCGUCACGCACAUCAUCAACCUCAAUUCGUUCUACCUCAACUCGGUUGACUUUUGGGGCCACAAUGACGCCGAUAUGCUCGAGGUCGGAAACAACCUCUCCGAUGCAGAGGCGCGUUCUCACUUUGCGCUGUGGGCGGCCAUGAAGUCGCCGCUGCUGAUCGGAACCGACCUCGACAAGCUCAGCCAGUCCAACAUCGACAUACUCAAGAACAAACACCUUCUAGCAUUCAACCAGGACGAUACCGUCGGCCCCCCGGCAACGCCUUACAAGUGGGGUAUCAAUCCGGACUGGACUUACAACAGCACCAAUCCCGCCGAGUUCUGGGCUGGCGACUCUAAGGAUGGCGUCUUGGUUCUCAUGCUAAACACGUUGGGCGAGACAACUUCGAAGACCGCGGCGUGGUCAGAGGUCCCUGGCCUUGAUGCUUCCAAUCACCGGGUCACAGACGUGUGGACCGGCGACGAUCUCGGCUGUCUGGGCGAAUACAAGGCGGACGUCGCGAGUCACGAUACAGCGGCUAUCCUGGUGGCCAAGGAGCCGUGCACCUGA